GGUCGCUGGUCCUGUGCCCCGGUUCUGCUUCCCCGUCUUUGGUCUGCCUGCCGGCCUCUUCAUGGGUCUGGAGCUCUACCUGGACCUGUUGUCCCAGCCUUGCCGCGCCGUUUACAUCUUCGCCAAGAAGAACGGCAUCCCUUUCGAGCUGCGCCGGGUGGAGCUGCUCAAAGGUCAGCACCACAGCGAUGCCUUUGCCCAGGUUAACCCCCUGAGGAAGGUGCCAGCCUUGAAGGAUGGGGACUUCACCUUGGCUGAGAGUGUGGCCAUUCUGCUGUAUCUUAGCCGAAAGUAUGAGGUCCCUGACCACUGGUACCCCCAGGACCUGCAGACCAGAGCCCGUGUGGAUGAGUACUUGGCAUGGCAGCACACAGCUCUGCGGAGUAGCUGCACUCGGGCCAUGUGGCAGAAGAUGAUGUUCCCUGUGUUCCUGGGCGAACGGGUGCCCCCUGAGACAUUGGCAUCUACUCUGACCGAGCUGGACAAGUGCCUGCAGCUGCUUGAAGACAAGUUCCUAAAGAAUGAAGCCUUUCUUGCUGGGCCCCACAUCUCAGUGGCUGACUUGAUGGCCAUUACAGAACUGAUGCAUCCCGUCAGUGCUGGCUGCCAUGUCUUCAAAAGCCGACCCAAGCUGGCUGCCUGGCGCCAGCGUGUGGAGGCUGCAGUAGGGGAGGACCUCUUCCAGGAGGCCCAUGAAGAUAUCAUGAAGGCCAAGGACCUGCCUCCAGCAGACACUGCCAUGAAAGAGAAGCUGAAGCCCUUGGUGAAGGUUUUGUUGCAGUGAGUAGGGAUGGGAUUUGCAGCUGAUGAUGAAGACUUGUCAAAAUAAAGAGAUGGAACUGCCUCUCCUUGGC